GCCAGACUCCUUAUAGUAUUUUAUUUGAAGUACGAUAUAGGAUAGAACAAAGUUCUCACCUGCAAAAGAUUAAACAACUUAAAUUAUUGAUUGGAACACAAUGCAAAGAAAAGAUAAUUAGACAAACAGUUAAUCUUGAACUUAUCUUAAAACUUGCACACGAGUUAGCAUUAGAAAAAAAAAGUAAUAAUACUGUAACAAUUUUAGUUUUGAUAUUUGAAAGAAAUGAAGUUAAACCUUUUUCAAUUAUUGAAAUUGAUGAUAUUCAUCAACUUGCAAUUAAGAAUGGUGGUGAUUUAAUUUUCAAGAAUGAUAUAGUAUUGAAGCCUUCAAACCUUUUUAAAAUUUUAAUAGAAAGGAUAUUUCGACAUUGGAAUCUAAGUCUUAAAAGUGCAAGAAGAAUGAUAAUCGAUUUAUAUUUAUUAGAAGCAGUUGACCAUAUGUAUGAUCUGAAAAUUUAUAAUAUUGAAGACAGAUUAGCAAUAUACCCAAAGUAUUAUAUCAAACCCCAAAAUAUUGAAAACAAUUUGACUUUAAAGGGUUCAGUUAAUUAUCUUACUACUGAAAGAUCAGAAGCUACCAUUACAUUACUUCAAGCUAGGCAAAAUUUAUCAAAUAAUUGUGUGUUUUGUGCUGUUGAAGCAAAGAAAGAUGAAUCGUUUGCUCAAGGUGCUGGUGAACUUCUUGGGCAAAUGAAGAUACUACAUAUGAGAGAAAA